ACACAAAACUCAAAAAACAAACACAAAAAUCACAUUCCCAAUCCCCAAACAAACACUCUCAUAUUUCUCUCUUCUUCUUCUUCAUCAUUUUCAUUUCAUUCUCUCUUUUCUCUCACUCUGUUACAGUUUCUCUUUUUGUUCUCCCAUGGAAGAUAACGAAACCCAAAUCGCCAUUAGAAACACCACCCAUCAAAAACCCCAGAUGGGCAAUGCCACCAUAAACAACUCUUUAUCCCAUUUGGGUCAGCGCAGCAGAAUCCGAAGAAAGUCCACAGAGUUUCUCAACCGAGAAAAUGUGAAGAGGAGGAGGAAUACCGGUUCUGGUUCUACCAGUACUAGUUGUGAGAAAGAAGAAGAAGAAGAAGCAGGAGGAGAGAGUGAGAAAGAAGAAGUGGAGAGGAAGAUUAAGGCAUUACAGAGGAUCGUUCCUGGUGGUGAAUCACUUGGUGUAGACAAACUGUUCGAUGAAACUGCUGGGUAUAUAAUGGCCUUACAGUGUCAACUCAAAACCAUGAGAACUCUAGCUGCUUUUGUUGAAGGUUUGGAGAAGAGCAAAUUUGGAGGUUGAUUUUCCAUUUUAAUUAUUAUUAAUAUCAUUUUAAUCAAUGGGGUUUCUUUUUUUUUUUUAGGAGCUUUUUAUUUGGUCUAAAAAUCAUUGACCAAAUUGAAUUUUCUUUUUCUUAUUUCCUUUUCUUUGUAAUGUUUAUUAUUCUCAUAUAUAAAUAUAUAGGAACAACAUCAACAACAACAACAACGACUGGUUAGUAACUUUUAAGUAACUAUUCUUGUUAAUUAAUUAGUGCAAAUUUUAUUGCAUGUUUUUUUGUUCUGGCUGCAAAAGAAAACAAA